UGCUUAUAGCAGCCUCGUAGAGGUUAGAAUUGGUCCACUUGGACACUAUAUAUGAAUGAUAUGCUUACAUAUGAGCUGUGAGUUUAUAUCUCAAACCAACCAGUCAGAUGGCUUCCCAGGACCACACUCUUUGUCUACUUCCUCUGUUCUUCAUCAUCAUCAUCUCUUCCUUCCACGUUUUGCCAGUUUCACCUACACCUUCUAACAAACUAGAAUCCGCCAUUCCCAUCAGAAGACUCAACCGCAGAGGAACUUACAUCGGCCUGGUGACAGUCAUUGAGACCGAAGAAGAUGCUUUUCUCCGCAGUGUCGAUUUCAGACCUGACCCUACUCAUCCUUUCUUGGAUCUCUCUGGAAGACGUUUUCGAAUAGGGAAGAUUCAUGAAAAAAAGGUUGUGUAUGUCAGAUGUGGGAGAGGAUUGGUGAACGCAGCAGCAGUAACACAACAGAUGAUAGAUGUGUUCAAUGUGAAAGGGAUCGUUCACUUUGGUAUUGCAGGAAAUAUAAACAACUCAAUGUCCAUAGGAGAUGUGAGCAUUCCUAAGCAAAUCACCAAUGCUGGCUUGUGGGAUUGGCUGAAUCCAGGCAAAACAAAGGGAGGUGCGGAUGUAGUGGACUUAGAUAUGGGGAACUAUAAUAUUCCACAAGGAGAUGGUAACAAUGAGUUAGGGAGUCUCAGAUACGGUAAGGAGCAACUAUAUUCAGUCACUGGUCACAUCAAUUCACCUCAGAACGUGUUUUGGAUCAAUACAACUCAAGAGUGGCUUCAUCUUGCAGCUGAUCUUGAGAAGAUGGAGCUGUCGCAGUGUGUGAAUGCAAGUUUGUGCCUUCCCCAGAAACCAAAGUUGGUGGUUGGAUUAAAAGCAGCCACUGCUGACAUAUUUGUGGAUAAUGCAGCCUAUAGAAAGUUCUUAUACGAUACUUUUGGGGUUUCCUCCUCAGAUAUGGAGAGUUCUGCAGUGGCUAUGACGUGCGUAUCAAAUGGGUAUCCAAUAAUCGUGAUAAGGGGAUUGUCAGAUUUAGCUGGAGUAGGAGGAGACAACACUGUUCAUAAGUUUGGAUCUUUGGCUGCCACUAACACUGUCAAAGCUGUUUUGGAGUUCAUUAAGAAGCUCCCACCGUCCUAAGUGUAACCUAUCAUGAUCAUGAAUCUACUUCUCUACUUGAUAGCAAAUGAUUUGGAUUGUGUUCUCAAUUCCAUUUUUCACUGAUCGUAAAAAUGGCACUAUA